CACCCACCCACCAAAAACCAAAAGUAAACGAGCACUAGAACGGGACAGUACGGGACGCGACGCAAGCAGCAGCAGCAGAGGCGAAGCACAACAGCACGACCCGCCUCCGCCUCCGCCCGGGAAUCUUCCUCCUCCCUCCCCUCACCACUCCAUUCCUUCCAUAGUUCCGCCGCCGGCCCGCCGCCACCGGUCACCACCAGCGCAUAUAAAAAACCAGCAGCGAUUGCGCCAUCCCAACGCGCAGGCAGGCCGUCCCGUACCGGCUCCUCCCACCCACCCCGCGACCCCGCCGGCGAUGGCGCCGUCCCCCGUCACGUGCCGCCCCUCCGCGGCGCGGCACCGCACGCUGCUGCUCCGCGCCCCCGCGCCGUUCGCUGCCGACAGAGCGGCGCUGGGCCCAGCACUGCCGCUGCCGCUGCGGAGGAGCGAGGCGCUGGUGCUGGCGGCCACACGCCCGAGGGGGAUCGCAGCGGACCCGUGGACAUCGGCGCGCGCAUGGACGAGACUGAGUCUGGACAGGGGAAGGAGGGACGCGGCGAGUUGCGCGGCGGCGGGGCAGGUCGCGGGGAGCAGCAGCGCGGGCGUCGGGAGGAGCGCUGGGAUGGAGGUGGUCAUCGCCGCCGCCGCGGUCGUCGCCAUGGGCACGGGGAACCGUGUCCUCUACAAGCUCGCGCUCGUGCCACUCCGGGAGUACCCUUUCUUCCUGGCGCAGUUCGCCACGUUCGGAUAUGUAGUUGUCUAUUUCUCGAUCCUGUAUCUUCGAUAUCAAGCGGGCAUUGUCACCAAUGAGAUGCUGUCUCUACCACAGAAACCUUUUCUAGCUGUAGGACUCUUAGAGGCUUUUGGAGCAGCAGCAGGGAUGGCAGCUGGAGCUGUUCUUUCUGGGGCUUCAAUACCAAUACUGUCACAGACCUAUCUUGUCUGGCAGCUUAUUUUAUCUGCUAUUUUCUUGAAGAGGCGCUAUAGAAUUAAUGAGAUAGCAGGAUGCUUUCUAGUGGCCAUUGGUGUCACAAUAACUGUAGCAAGUGGAUCUGGUACUGGUGCUUCAUUUAAAAGUACUGGAAUUUUAUGGCCGCUGCUAAUGAUAAUAUCGUUCUUUCUUCAAGCUGCUGAUACAGUAUUGAAGGAAAUAAUAUUUAGAGAUGCUUCUAAGAAAUUGAAGUGUGGCUCAGUUGAUCUUUUUGUUGUCAAUUCAUAUGGCUCUGCUUAUCAAGCUCUUUUUAUGUGUCUCUUGCUGCCUUUCCUGUCAAAGUUAUGGGGAGUUCCAUUCCAUGUGUUACCAACGUACAUUAAAGAUGGUGCAGCCUGCUUCUUAAAUAUGGGAUCAAUAUCUGGUUGUGAAGGGGCACCGCUACUACCACUACUAUUUGUGUUGGUUAACAUGGGAUACAAUAUAUCAUUACUACACCUACUAAAGAUCUCCUCGGCAGUCAUAUCUUCCUUGGCUUCUACAUUCUCAGUUCCACUGUCCAUCUAUGCAUUCACCCUACCACUGCCGUAUAUUGGUGUGGCAUCAUCUCUGCCACCUGGCUUUGUUGCGGGUGCAGCUGUACUCACCGCCGGCUUACUACUAUACAGCCUACCACAGGCGCAACAUUAUGGAAAUUCUUUCCACAACAAAAAUGACUAGUUAGCAUUCAUUUCUUCAUUGGUUUAUCACCCUUCACUCCAAGAUGGUGCGUCAUCUGGGCUUGAAAGGUAGAACAGAAGUUCUCCUGAGGGCUACCUGACUGUUGUAUGUUGUAUAUGAUACAUAUCAUAUAUAUACUCCCACCUAUAAAGGCGAGGAAAUAGCAUAUGGAUAUAUUGGGAAUAAAGAUUGAGAAGAGGAAUAAGUACCUGGCAGUUACUGAGUGAAGGUUGGAGAAGAGCAUGCACAGUGGUGAGACGGGAAGAGAACCAGGGAGAAGAGCAGGAGCAUCAUCACCACAGGGACGAAGAGAAGGAACAGCGGUGGUGGCGGAAGUGGUGGCAGCACCAAUGGCAGGCACAGGAGGAUCACUGUCGCCACCAGCAACAUCAUCAGUUCUCCCUUGCUUAUCGUCGACGCCACCGCCCGCGCUGUGAUGGAACUUCUGCCUCCCCCAAUGGCUGCCCGGCUCCAGUUUUUUUUUUUUCUAAGCUUUCAUGUUCUGUUGUGAGGAAUUUGUUGUAUGUGAGAAAAAUGUUGUACCCAAUGGAGGAACUGGUAAGCUAUAUAUGGCCAGCUUUAAGCAGCAGGCCAGAUGGGGUGUUUUGGCUUGUGUGUCCUUGUGACUGGGCAUGUUUGAUCCUUUUCUGCUUCCA